AAGAAGUUGCUCUUUGACUCGUGUUAGACAGCCAGCUCGAACGUACGGGAGCGUUCGAAGGAGCGAGGCGGCGAAGCCGGCGGUGACUCGUUCCUCCAGAAUUUCAUCAUACACGCCGUCUAUAAGCGUUGGGAUUUGAAGGGAGGGCAGACAGCAAGCGGUGAAACGCAAGCAAGAAGAACGGACACUGGAUGAAGCGCACGACAGUGACGUUGUUUGCGUUCUCUGUUGCGUUGGCGGCUUAUCAAGAUUGUAAUCAAUACCGGACAACGAUUACGGCUAUGGACAACAGCACAUGUAUUUCGAAGUACUACAGGGGAGUACUUGACGGCGUCAGCUUGGAUCCUAUUCCCGGGGAAAAUUGCACGUCCACGGUGGAAGUUCUGCUGAACUGCAACUGCGACUUCGGCGGCACCACGCCAGGCCGGCAAUAUUGCGUUAAAAACAUCACGAGAACAGAAGACGACAACACAGCAAACAUUACUCUCGGAAUUUGUGGCUAUGAAAGCUGCACUCUUCGGGAGUUCCGUGCAAACUUCGAAGUGGAUUUGAGGGACAUGCAACUGGCUCAUAUUCUGAAGGAGUUUCCGAAGCCUCCUUGCGUCGCUGCCAACAUGAGCGUCACCCCACAGCUCACUGCAGUGGCUGGAUGCGAGUUCUUUUGCUACAAACGGGAGAACAAAGACAUCAAUGACGGACGGCCGUGCGUGUUAGAGUGGUACGAAAAACGUAUAACAGGUAAACCAGUUGUUACGCUGACGGGGUCAUGCUGGAACGGAAUCUGCAGGCCUGCAGAACCAUUCUCGACACGUCUAGUAGGUGCAUGCCACGAUUAUGAUCGCUACAAGAGCAAUUCGAAAAUUGUCCACCAAUGCCACUACAACUGUCAUGGAAAUCGUGUAAUUCAUAAGCAGCGUCCUUAUGGGCUCGCAUGCCUGUUUCAGAAGACAAACUUCUUGAGCAGGGAUGUUGUAGGCGUCUGUCAUGGAGGUACCUGCUCAAAAGUUCGUCUAGUCGAAGGGUGCGAUAUGAUCUAUGACCAAUACAGGACACAGUCACCGAUUCCAGUCGCUAAGAAAUGUGAAUGUUCGAGAAGAGCAGGAACAAUACUGUUGCGGGAUGGAACACUGUGUGCACUUAGGCGUGCCGUAAGCUGGACCGGCAUGAAGCUGCAAGAAGUCGGAGUGUGCACAGAAGGCCAUUGUGUAGCCCGACCGCCUGACCAACCGAUCGAUCACCAGUUUAAGAAGAAAGAGUGCAAAGUCAGCAACGUGCAAGUCUCUCCGGAGCUUAUUGUCGGAGCAUCUUGUACGGCUACGUGCAGGCGUUUUGAGACGGAACAUCGUCCCAAUGGUACACUAUGCCUCCUGGAAUACAGGCGCGAAGAAAAGUUCGUAGGACCAACGAAGAAGACAUACAGUAUUGGCGUGUGCUUUUCUGGCAAAUGCCUCCGAACCAUAAACAGUUGGGACAUUAAACUAUAAUUUUUUUUUUACUUUUC